CACACCUCGGGGCUUAUGAGCCUUCAAGACAUGAUUAUGUCUGCACCUCACAACUCUUCAGAUCGAACAUGAAGAGCCUCGUAUCUCGCGAAGCUGGACAGCUUUUGUGCCGCUACAUCGUAACAAACAAGGCUCCGAUAACACCAGCAUGUCGUCAUUUCAAGAACGCGUCCGUACCGCGACAGCAUCCGAGGAGACUUUUUCAUGCUUCUUCGCGUUUGAAGGCUGUCAAGCCAUAUCUUUUGGCUGAUAUUGGAGAAGGCAUCACGGAAUGCCAAGUCAUUCAAUGGUUUGUCAAACCGGGGGCCCGCGUCGAGCAAUUCGAUCCCAUAUGCGAGGUACAGUCGGAUAAAGCGUCUGUAGAGAUUACUUCGCGGUUUGACGGGGUUAUUAAGAAGCUCUACUAUGAGCCGGAUGACAUGGCUAAAGUGGGCAAGCCUUUGGUAGACAUCGACAUCCAGAGCGAUAUCUCCCCAGCAGACGAAGCCCUCCUCAACGGGGGAUCUAGAAAUGAAGCGGAGAAGAGAGAACCACAAGAAGAGGAAGUCAAGGGGCAAGAAAUAGAGGUUGGAAGGAAUGAUACUAUAGCUACAAUUGGAGGUGCGCCACCACAGCCUUCACAACCUCUUCCUUCAGAGCUCGAGGCCCCGCAGUCGAAACCACAACGGCAGCCGGGAAAGCAUGCUACUUUAGCUACACCCGCUGUUCGACACCUAGUCAAACAGUUUAAGCUCAGCAUUGAGGAUAUAGAAGGAACGGGAAAAGACGGACGGGUUACUAAGGAAGAUGUGCAGAAAUUCGCACAGCCUCCAAAAGACACUCAACCCUCAGAGUCGAUUAUUCAAACGGCAGCUCCAGUGCCAGUUCAGCAAGUCGAAGACCACAUUCGGCCACUAACGCCCAUUCAAGCCGGCAUGUUCAAGCAAAUGACCCGUUCCCUAUCAAUACCACACUUAUUAUACACCGAUAACGUCGAUUUAACCGCCCUAAACUCCCUCCGUAAGAAACUCAACACCAACAAGGACAAAGCUCAGCGCAUCUCACUCACGCCAUUCUACGUGAAAGCUGUCUCGCUCUCUCUACAGCAAUACCCUCUCCUCAACGCUCAUCUCGACACCACCACCCCCGAGAAACCGCAGGUGCUUGUCAAAGCCCAGCAUAACAUCGGCAUCGCAAUGGACACACCAUCUGGUCUCCUUGUCCCCGUCAUAAGAAGCGUACAAUCGCAUUCCAUAGAAUCCCUUGCUGCAGAAAUCAAACGUCUCUACAGUCUCGGCCUUGCCGGAAAACUCAGCUCCGCAGACCUCAGCGGUGCAACGUUUACAGUCAGUAAUAUCGGGAAUAUUGGUGGCAGGGCUGUCGCCCCUAUUAUUGUCAGCCCGCAGGUUGGUAUCCUGGGGAUUGGAAAGAUAUCGCCGGUUCCAGCGUUUGGAGAGAGUGGAGAGAUAGUAAGGAAGGAGGAGUGUGUGUUUAGUUGGAGUGCAGAUCAUCGGGUUAUUGAUGGUGCGAUGGCAGCGAGAUGUGCGGAGGCUGUAAGGGGGUUUUUGGAGAACGUGGAGAGUAUGCUUGUCAGACUUCAGUGAGGUUUUCGUCGUCCGUGACACAGAAGAAGAGGACUGUAUGCAUUCAAACUAGUCUUAUAACUUAGACUACAUGUGGCGAAUAUCAUCCUUGAGAGACUUUGCGG